AUGUCUCAAGUCAGUGCGGAGUUCACCCGCAAGAGCUCCUCCAGUUCUGAGUCUGGCAACCUGCUCACGCCAGAUCUCGUCGAUCAGCAGCUCUCGUCUGACGAGGCCGAUGCGGACGAGCCUGGCGCAGUUCGCAACCUUCCAUUAGCGCCUGAGGCAGGUCCACAGACAGACAUUGGAUCUGCCGAUGGUCAGCUGCCGGUAACACUCGCGCCAGCGUUAGAAGCAGCGGACGAUGUGGACGAAAAUGAACCUGGCGCUAGCGAAGACGACGACGACAGCGGUAACGACGACCGCCCCUCUCCUCGGCGCAGGAAAGAAGUUGUUCAGGAAGUUGACAAAGCGCAGGCUGCAGCUUCUGAUCACCAGCGCACGGUCGAGUUGCAGCAGGAGACACUGGCGGACGUUCGGCGGCAACUGGAGGAGAGCCAGCGGGCGAAUCAACUGCUCCGGGCGAGCAGCUCUGCCCCAACUUCCGCGCUGCCCCCAGCGAGCCGUAGCCCCAACGCUGAGGUCAACGUUGCAAGUACUUCACGGGGCCACAACGUGGCCCGUUCAACUAUGGCGCCUGCGGUCGCACAUGUGGCGGUCGGACGAUCGCUGGCAACAUCCACGAUUCCUGCGCCGCUCGCGCCAAACGCCUCUCGCUCACUUGUCGCCCCCCUCGCUCAUCCGGGACUCCCAGCACCUCGACCGGCUGCUCUUGAAACUUCGCCCAAGCUUCCGGAAUCGCUUACCGAGCUCACCUUUUUCACGGCAAAGUGCAACCAAGCGGUUUUGUACUUCAUUGCUGAAGCUCCCCCGAGGGAGAUUAACUUCUGGCCUGAGCCGCAGGAGUUGAGGCAGCAACUCAUCCCCGUUUAUGGCAGCAAGUGGCACUGCGAUCCUGACACGGGGCGCCCGUUUGCCAACAAGGCGUUUGAUAUGGCGCUCUGCAAGGGACUUGGCGGUCGCAGGUGUAAGACGAUGUUUGCCAAGAUCCCAGUGGUGGCAACGAUUUGCCAUGUGGUUGAAUGGCCCAUGGCAAAUGCUGGGAGCCGUGACACGCCUGCCCUAGAUGGCAGUGACUCCAACAACAGGAGGGAAGUGCAGCUGAAAGUGGGGGUGAUCAUUGAUUGGAUUAAGGAUAGGUUAUCCCGGGGGGAUAAUAUCUAUCGCGACACUGCCCCUGCAGGCUUUCAGAUGGGAGCAAACCCGUUAGUGCGUAUUGUGAUUGCAGGGUUUGAGGACGAGUUUGCUGGGUUACUGCCAUAA